CGCAUGUUGUCUUCUUUUUUUCUUCUCUCUUUGCUUCUAUUUAUGUUUCUCUGUUUCCCCACCCAAACAGAAAGAAAAAUCUACAGCCACUUUUCUUUUAGUGAUUUCUUUCCUUCAUCAUUCACACAUUUCUCUCUGCUCUGAAGGAUUGAAAAAGAACCCUUUUAGGCCAACCAGAGAUGCAAAACGGUCACGAAGAAACUGAAGACCAAAACCAAAUGGCCAGAGAUGAUAAACUUCCUCCAUUUUCAUGGGAAAGGAAGUUGAACAGUCAAGCAAAGACCCCUUCUCAGUUCAAACUGACUAAACGAGAUCAUCUUCAUUUGUUUCCAUUAGGCUACAGAUUGUGGCGUCACACCAAAGAAGAAGCCGCAAAAGGAAGAGCUUCGAUUUUCGACAUCUUCAGAAAACACCAUAUAACCGGAGAUCAUGGCGUCCCUUUAGGAGGAAUUGGUGCAGGAAGCAUUGGAAGGAGUUACAAGGGUGAAUUUCAGCAGUUCAAGCUGUUCCCAAAAGUUUGCGAGGAAACUCCAAUCCUCACAAACCAAUUCUCUGUUUUUGUUUCUCGCCCGGGCGGUGUGAAACACUCGACUGUUUUAUGCCCAACAAAGCCAGAAGUGAUUAAAGACAAUGGAGGUUAUUUGUGCAGAGGCCAAGCUCCAAAUAUAGGAAUUGAGUCUUGGGACUGGAACAUGACAGGGGAAAAAUCCACCUACCAUGCUCUUUAUCCAAGGUCUUGGACAGUCUACGAAGGUGAACCUGACCCUGAACUCAGAAUAGUCUCUCGUCAAGUCUCUCCCUUUAUACCUCAUAAUUACAAGGAAACCAGUCUUCCGGUUUCGGUUUUCAACUUUACGGUGACUAACACUGGAGAAGAACAAGCAACUGUUACUUUGCUCUUUACUUGGGAGAAUUCUGUGGGAGGAGCUUCUGGGUUAACUGGACAGCACUUUAACUCAACAAUGAUGGCAAGAGAUGGAGUUCAUGCAGUAGCUUUAAACCACAAGACAGCAAAUGGACACCCACCAAUUACCUACGCAAUUGCAGCAAAAGAAACAGAAGACGUUCGUGUCUCCUCUUGUCCUUGUUUCUUAGUAUCCGGUACAACUCCUAACAAAAUCACAGCAGGAGAUAUGUGGGAUGAGAUUAAAAAGAACGCAUCAUUCGACAAGUUAACAUGCAAUGCAUGCACUCCAUCAAAGCCUGGAACUUCCAUUGGAGCCGCCAUAGCAGCAAAGGUGAAAGUUCCACCGGGAUGUGAACGUACAGUCACGUUUUCACUCUCUUGGGAUUGUCCUGAGGCUAGAUUCGACAAGAAGACUUACCACAGACGAUACACAAGAUUCUAUGGCGGUUUAGGAAAUGCAGCGGUAGCAAUGGCUCGUGAUGCUCUUCUCAACUUUUCUGACUGGGAGACUCAGAUUGAAGAGUGGCAAGCUCCUAUUCUUGCUGACACAACACUUCCUGAGUGGUAUCGAAUAACUCUCUUCAACGAACUAUACUAUUUCAACUCAGGAGGAACCAUCUGGACAGAUGGGUUACCACCGAAGCAAAGCCUAGAUAGUAUAGGAAAAAGAAAGAUCUCUCUCAGUACAUCAACUAUAGACAAUACUGAGCCAGACCAGAACAACAUAGCCUUGGACAUCUUGGGAAGAAUCGAUGCGGUCUGCUCACAGAUUCAUGCUCCUCUAUCCUCAACACUCGGAACCGCUCUUACUCAGAACACUCAAGAAAACAUUGGACAAUUCCUUUACCUUGAAGGGAUUCAGUAUCUAAUGUACAAUACCUACGAUGUUCAUUUCUACUCCUCUUUCGCAUUGCUCAUGCUUUUUCCAAAACUCGAGCUAAGCCUCCAGAGAGAUUUCGCUGCAGCGGUUCUAAUGCACGAUUCCAGCAAGAAACAGGUCAUGAGCUCAGGCGAAUUCGUUACAAGAAAAGUCCUAGGAGCGGUUCCUCACGAUAUCGGUUUGAACGAUCCAUGGUUUGAAGUAAAUGCUUAUAACUUGUUCAACACGGAUAGGUGGAAAGACUUGAACGCCAAGUUUGUUCUUCAAGUCUAUAGAGAUGUGGUCGCGACCGGUGACCUAAACUUUGCAAAAGAGGUUUGGCCAUCAGUUUACACUGCAAUCGCUUACUUAGACCAGUUUGAUAAAGACGGAGAUGGGAUGAUCGAGAAUGAAGGGUUUCCGGAUCAGACUUACGACGCAUGGUCUUGCACAGGCGUGAGCGCUUACUGUGGAGGUCUCUGGGUCGCGGCUCUUCAGGCCGGAUCUGCAUUGGCCCUAGAAGUUGGGGACAAGGGAGCUGCGGUUUACUUCAAUGCCAAGUAUGAGAAAGCAAGAAGCGUGUACGAGAAGCUUUGGAAUGGUUCUUAUUUCAAUUACGAUAACAGUCGAAGUGGCUCAAGCUCGUCAAUCUUGGCUGAUCAAUUGGCUGGACAAUGGUACGCGAGAGCGUGUGGAUUGAAGCCGAUAGCGAAAGAAGAGUGGAUAAAGACAGCUUUGGAGACGAUCUACGACUUCAAUGUGAUGAAAGUGAGAGAAGGGACACGUGGAGCUGUGAACGGGAUGUUACCUGAUGGACGAGUAGACACAAGCACGAUGGUGUCGAGGGAGGUUUGGGCCGGGACUACAUACUCGGUCGCGGCUUGUAUGAUUCAAGAAGGGCUUGCGGAGAAAGGGUUUAGGACAGCAAGUGGAAUCUAUGAGACCGCUUGGUCUGACCGGGGUCUCGGCUGCUCAUUUCAGACACCAGAAGCAUGGACCACGACUGGCGAGUAUAGAUCACUUUGUUACAUGAGGCCUUUAGCUAUAUGGGGGAUACAGUGGGCACACACAAUGCCACAACCUAAUAAAGAACAAGAUCAAUUGUUCAAGCAUCAAGAGGAAGUGGAAACGUCUGUUCUGUUUGAGCAACAUGCCGGGUUUAUCAAAGUGGCUCACUAUCUGAAAACCACCAAGGGAAAAGACCAUAGAAGCCGCUUCCAGGCUGCGUACGAGACCUUCCUCAAGCUAACCCGCCUAUAGGCCACAACCUAAUAAUGAGUCGCAGACGACCAGUUCUGGUCAGACUGCAUAGCUUCUUUUUUGUUCCCUCUUUUUUUUUUUCUGUGGUUGUUUCAGUUGUUGGUUAUUACUUUACAAGUAUAGACGGAACCAAAUGUUAAUAAACUGUCUACACCGUCUUGGAUAUGUAA